AUGGAGCGUAAUUCCAUUAACAGUCGCAAAACUAGAGGAGGUGGAGUUUUGAUAGCAGUAGCGUCGAAUUUAAGUUGUAGCAUCGAUCCAGCACCGGUGAGCAACAAGUUGGAGCAGAUUUGGGUUAAAAUCAAACUGCAAAGCAAUUUCGUCAGUAUUGGGGUGCUCUAUCUUCCUCCAGAUCGUAGAGACGAUCAGAGCCUUAUCCAGCAACACAUUGAGUCUAUUGAUUCCGUUGUAUCUAACUUAAAUCAGUCUGAUAUUGUCAUCCAGCUUGGCGAUUACAAUCACCCUGAAUUACAUUGGACUCGCUCUGAAGAAGGGGGCUUCAAAUUAGAUGCUUCUCGUUCACGAUUGACUACAGCAGGUAGCUUAUUGUUCGAUGGCUUUUGUUUUCAUGGAUUAACCCAGAUGAAUUCAGUGCUCAACUGUAACUCAAAAAUACUGGAUUUGGUCAUGGUGAAUGACCAGGGUCUGUUAACUUCAGUCUUCGAAACCAUUGAUUCGUUAGUUCAAGUCGACGCUCAUCACCCUGCUCUUGUGAUCGCUGUACCUGUGUCCUUGCCUACGCUAUACGAACCAUCGUUAGAUAACACUCGUAUGCAAGUUUCAGCCUCCCAAAUAGAUGCAGCAAUACAAGACGCUCCAGCAAAUAGUUUUGAUUUCCAUCUAGAUGUAAUAUCUGAUGAGCAGGUGCUAUGCGCGUUGCGCAAACUGAAAUACUCCGUAUCAUCUGGGCCAGACGGGAUUCCAUCCGCUGUGUUGAAAAAGUGCUCAAUAACGCUCAUCACCCCGCUUGUAAAACUGUUCAACAUUUCAUUACGACGAGGAGUAUUUCCGACUAACUGGAAGGUAUCUUUCAUGUCUCCGAUCUACAAGAAAGGCGAUAAAUGUAGCAUUGCCAACUACAGAGGAAUCCACAUCACUGUGUGCCUGCUCUAA